GACUUUGAUCUGUCGAUAGCGUUACUCCCAUGUGCGACUGUGAGUGCCUUCUUCCUUGUUUGCACGGAAUGAAAAAAGGGAAGGAAGGCCAGGGGAGCGAGACAAAAGGGACGUCACGUGGCGGUCAACGGCGACGGACUUGCAGUUCCGACGCGCCUUGCUUUUUAGCUCAGUUGGCCUGCAGUCGUCGCGGCAGCAAGUGCAUCGCGAGAGGCAAGGUGCGAAGGCAACGUGGCGCCGCUCCUCUCACUGUUUCCCCACCGGAACCAUCCUGCCGCGGGCUUUGUUAUCGGGGCUCAUCCGGUGGGAUCUCUAAAAGCCGCGGCACGUCGCACACACUCGGGAGUGCGCCGUGAUACGUGCAGCCGUACGGGUCGAGUGCCGUCGCGUCUACCGUCCACACGUUGUACUCGCGAGGUCGCUUCGGGCCGACUCCGGAGAUGCGCCUCGUUACGUCUCAGGGCUAGCUUCGGUGUCAGCUGAGAGAGUUCUCUAGCAACGGGGAAAACGAAAAAAAGAAAACAUCAAAGUCGGGCGAUGUUGUGAAAAAUAAAUCGCCGGUUACGGAAUUGUCUCGCGUGUGUUGCCUGCGCGAGGGGUGAUUCAUCGAUCUCUAAACGUUGCGAAUACGCGGAGAGAGACAAUCGGCGUUCGGGUGAAAGGGACGAAAGUGGGCAGGGAACAAUCUCGCUUGAAAGAUGAAGCAUGAGGGAAAUUGCUCGACGGCGGACGAUUCCAAUGGGAUUCUGUUGCAACCUAGGAAGAACGCGGCGGUGCGGCUGCAGAUCGUGCCGGCGCAGCCGAAAACGAUUACGCAUCUGCCGAAGAGGCCGCCGGUCGACCUGGCGUUCACCGACCUCACGUACAAAGUCCGAGAAGGCCGUAAAAAUAAUGUAAAGACGAUCCUGAAAUCCGUCAGCGGCAGACUGCGGUCCAGCGAGCUAACGGCUAUUAUGGGCCCUUCAGGCGCUGGGAAGUCAACGCUCUUAAAUAUCCUCACCGGAUACAAGACGACAGGCGCGGAGGGCAGCGUCACGAUGAAUGGCCAUGAGAGAAACCUCAGUGCCUUCAGGAAACUCUCCUGCUACAUCAUGCAGGAUAAUCAGCUUCACAUGAAUCUAACGGUAGCGGAAGCUAUGAAGGUUGCAGCGAACCUUAAGCUCGGCUCACAAGUCAGCCAAGCGGAGAAAGAAGAAGUGAUCCAGGAAAUCCUUGAGACUCUCGGCUUGUCCGAGCAUCGCCGUACUAUGACCUCGAAUCUGAGCGGCGGUCAAAAGAAGAGGUUAUCCAUCGCCCUGGAGUUAGUGAACAACCCCCCUAUAAUGUUUUUUGACGAGCCGACUAGCGGCCUGGACUCCUCGUCCUGUUUCCAAUGUAUCUCAUUACUGAAGACUCUGGCACGUGGUGGCAGAACGAUAAUAUGCACCAUUCAUCAGCCUAGUGCGAGACUUUUCGAGAUGUUCGAUGCUCUCUACACGUUGGCCGAGGGUCAAUGCGUUUACCAAGGUUCUACGUCGCAGCUGGUGCCUUUCCUGAGGACAAUUGGCCUUAAUUGCCCGAGUUAUCAUAAUCCGGCGUCGUUCAUAAUUGAGGUGUCAUGCGGCGAAUACGGCGAUAAUAUCAAUAAGCUGGUCAAUGCGAUAAACAAUGGCAAGUACGAUAUACGCGAAGGACACCCGUUUCCCGAGACGAAAGAUGGAAUGAACAAUUGCACCGCUGCGGCGGGUAUUUUGAAGAAUGGUGACUUGGACAAAGUGAAGAUCAAAGACAAGAACGACAUUAGUAAUUUCGAGGAGAAGUUCUCGGAAGGGAAAACUAGCGAGAUUAGUAAUGGAAAACUCAUUCCCGGCUACGCUACAAACGACAUUGCUAAACAAGCACUGGAUGUGGCAAUACCUAUGGAUCUGGAUAAGAAGGACAAUGCCAACAUAGCUCUUCUCGACGAAACCAUCGUGGUUACACCAGAGAGAUAUCCCAUAUCUGAAUUCAAGCAAUUCUACAUCAUUCUGAAACGUGCUCUACUUUUCAGUCGUAGAGAUUGGACUCUCAUGUAUCUCCGACUCUUCGCUCAUAUUCUGGUGGCGGGGUUAAUCAGCGCGUUGUAUUACGAUAUUGGAAACGAUGGCGCCAAAGUACUUAGCAAUCUGGGAUUCCUGUUCUUCAACAUGCUGUUCCUCAUGUACACGUCCAUGACAAUUACAAUUUUGUCCUUCCCGUUGGAACUGCCUGUGCUAUUGAAAGAGAACUUCAACAGAUGGUACUCUCUCAAGUCGUAUUACUGUGCGAUUACCCUUUCGGAUAUACCGUUCCAGACGGUAUUUUGCAUACUGUACGUCAGCGUCGUAUACUUCAUGACAAGUCAGCCAGCGGAUGUAACGCGGUUCUCCAUGUUCUUGAGCACCUGUCUGCUGAUUUCCUUCGUCGCGCAAUCAGUGGGUCUCGUGGUCGGCGCUGCGAUGAACGUGCAAAACGGCGUGUUCCUGGCGCCGGUGAUGUCGGUGCCUUUUCUUCUCUUCUCAGGAUUCUUCGUCAGCUUCGACGCGAUCCCGGUCUAUCUGCGAUGGAUCACGUAUCUCAGUUAUAUCAGAUACGGUUUCGAGGGAACUGCUAUGACCAUUUACGGCUUCGGCCGAGAGAAAUUGAAAUGUUUUCAGGUGUACUGCCACUUUAAGAAUCCAGAAACGACCCUGGAGGAACUGGACAUGCUCGACGCUGAUUUUACUUUGGAUAUUCUUGCACUCCUGCUCAUCUUCGUCGUACUGCGAGUCUCCGCGUAUCUUUUCCUGCGUUGGAAAAUCAAGACCGCCCGGUAGACUGUCGCACGUAAGCGCUUUAUAAAAUCAGAUGUGGUUGCGAUGUGGACGGACAAGUUAGCACAAAUGUUACCUUUCACCGUGUAGAACUGCGCAGAUAUGAACGGGCGCGCUUUCCUAAUCGGUAAUCUCGUAAUGAUAUUUCAAAAGGGUGAUAUGAAGACUCGGUUCCGAUGCCUCACAAUGCAAUUAAGACACAAGGAAGUUUGCGAAAAUGGUGGUUUUCCAUUCCUCGAUGAGAACUCUUACGGCGGAUAACUACUCGCCGUCGAAGAGGCACUGGUAUGUUUCGAAGGUACCGCAAAGUAUGACUUACUUUCUUUCGCGGUUUUUUUGCUGAGUUUUGUUGAUAUAUAGAACCAAUACUAAUGUAACUUAUUUAUGUAAUUUAGUUUAAUAACGACGGCUAGUAGUUACGAUUGUAACAUAUUUGUCCAGGGUACUAUUCUAUAGUAUACUAUAGCAUGUACACUAUAUAUAUAUAUAUAUUUAUAUAUAUAUCCGAAAUAUGUACCUUCCCUUUUUUUACUGUAUCAGUACACAUUUUUGUUAGAAAUGCAACGUUUAAAACGCAA